UGGCUUAUAUUGGAUCCCCUUUAGCUUUAUGUAAUUUAUAUAGAUAUAAAAGCAAGGAAAAACAAUAAUUAUUAAGCAUAUUUUACAUGAUAUUGCUUAUACAAUUUUAUUCUACAUUUAUGGAUAUUUAUUAAUCACAUGGUAUUCAAUGUAUGCUGAAAUAUGUUUUUAUUUAUCUAAUUAAGUACAAAAUAAUUAAUUUCUAGGAAAAGAAUGAUAAUUAUUUUAAAAACGAAAGCAGUAAAUGGAUAUGCUAACAUUACAAGAAAGUGGUGAAAUUGAGAUUAUUUUUAGUAUUACUUGUUCAAACAGCAGUUAGCAUAUUUACAGGUAUAUUUUUAUAUAUAUAUCCGAUAGGAUUAAGAUUGGAGAUAUAAUACCCUCAUUUUGCUGUUGUUUGUUAUUCUUUUCUCCUUAUUAACUUUAUUAUCUUUAUUUUUGAAUUUGCUUUAUAUGGAAUCAAGCUGUAAAGAUGCAUUCGACAUUAGCUCAACUAAUUUUAUAAUGAAAAAAGGAAAAAAAUCCUUAAUUUAGUGACCAUGAAGGAAGAGUUAUAAAGAUAAUUAGAGCAAAAGCAAUCUGAUGGAUAAUUUCAGUCUGUUAACUAGAAUAGAAAAUUUGAGAAUUCUCCAUCUCAAAAAUCUUCAAGAAAACCAAGCGAAGACUUGCCCUAGGUUUUAGUACCAAAUUAAAAGGAAAGACUUAGAAAAAAGAAUGUGACAUUUUGCAAAAACAGUUCAAGCUUUGUGUAUUACAGAUAAGAGAGUCAUCAUAAUAUUAAAAUUAAUCAAAACAUCUAAGAAGUUAUUGCAGAGUAAACAGAAAAUUCUGAAAGGGAGGCUAACAUAUAGAACAUAAAUGAAAGUUGUUGUUUGGAGGAAUCUAUAAAAUAAAUUGAUUGGACUAGUGAUCAAUAAGAUAAAAAAAUAAUAGAAAAUGUUAUUUAGAAAAAAAAUUAAGUUGUAAGAGAUGCAAAGGAAAAAAUUUAGAGUGAUCAAGAGAGUUAUUUUUUACAUUAAAAAUAUAAUAAUAAAAAGCAAGUUGAUUUAAGUAAUUUGAGUGAUCAAAGUUAAGAUUAAACUUAAUACACUUAAAUAGGAUAGUAAAUUGAUGCUUUUGAAUAAUAGAAAUAUUUAGAAGAAUAAUAAUUAACUUUGAAGUCUAGCAGUUUAGAAGCUGAUAAAAAUAUUCUAUAUAAAAUAAUGCUAUUAGUAUCUUUAGGAAUUAUAUAUGAAGUGAUAUUUGGAAUUAUGUGUAUAAUUGCUUUAGUUAGUGAAGCAAUUUAUUCAACCCCAAUUGGAACUAUUGUAUAUUUAUAUGUUUCUAGUACACUUUAGUUCUUAUCAUUAUUUAACGUUUUAAAAUUAUUUAAGGACUUUCGAUCUUAAUAAAUUAAGAAUUUUAUAUGGAUUUAAAAAAUAGGAAAUAAAAAGAGUGACUUAAAUUAAAAUUAUUCAUUUAUAAUACCUUAGGAAUACAAAUAAGAUGAUGAUAUGUUAAGAAAAUUUGAAAGCAGAAUAAAUUUGAUCACUUUAUAUUGA